AUGGAUCCGCAGUAUGACGACGCAUCUCGCCCACUGGCGGAUACGCAGCAACCAUGGAACAUUCUCAACUUCUACGCCACGCCUGCCAAGAACGAUCCUUGGGUCCCCCGCGGCGUCAUCCAGACUGGCCAUCAGUCCACCGACGCCCUGCCCUCGCCCCGUCAUCUUGUGCCCCAGACAAAGUUCUUAGAUUUCGAGAGCACCACGUCGCCGUCUGACUGCGCAACCUUGCCUGGUGAUUCCGGCUACGGGAGCAGCCGCCAAGCGUACAGUACUGCGAGCGCUUCCGUCCAUGGCGGAGAUGACUUGGCCCUCGAUUCGCACAUGGGCCAGGUCAUGAGCGAAUGCCGCAUCAACCCGGAAGCAGCACCGGCCGAGCCGCCCACUCGCCUCGCGGCGUCCGGCAAAUACCGCUGCGACGAGUGCAAGGCUUUCGUCAGGAGUCAAGGCGAGCUCAAAAAGCACAAGCAGCGCCAUCUCAAGUCCCACAAAUGCCCCUAUGCCGGCUGCAUCAAAGGCCAGAGGGGCUUCAGCACCUCAAAUGACCUCGUACGCCACAAGAGAUCUGUCCAUGGCGAGCACGGCACCACGGGCCCCAAGGUCUGGCCCAGGGCGGACAACUUUCGCUCUCACUUACUUCGCUCUCAUCACGUCAAGCUCAACUCGGACGAUGACCACAAGGAAUACAUAUACCAGCCUUCGGCGCGGAGACACGAUCUCAAAGGAGUGGGGGAUUCCCUCGAAUAUGUAGAUUCUGAAACCCGACCCAUGUGCCUCCACGACUCUCCGGUCCUGUCGGGAGGACAGCAAUCGGGCGCCGAGCCUCAUUUUCCCGAGAGCCAAUUUGCACAUGCCCACGAGAUGAUGGUGGAGUCAAUAGGCAUCGAUCCAGCAAUUUUCAAUCCUUCGCCCAUGAACGCCGGCCAGACAAGUGCAACGGCUCCAUCUUCAACAGGUGGGGAGACGCCAUACAUACACCCGGGCAUCUUGAGCCGGCCCGUUGGCUCUAUAGAUGCCAUGGGAGAUUCGGCCACGACGUUCACAAUGCAGCAUCAAUCAGAUUACACACUGAAUCACCCGAGUUUCUCGCAUCAGCCAUUUUCAUACGAUGAGGACGAUGAUUCUGGGCCAAGCCUGUCUGCUUCCACGCCCAGAGAUAUCACACCUGUCGUGCAUCCACCGGCGGCAGCCGGCCGCGAGAGCUGGAAGCGAGAUAGUUCCGCUUUCAGUGAGUCCACCCCAGAGGGACUUGAUGAUUUUGGAGCCGACACGGCGAGUACACGGCAGUGCCGACGCGUACCCUACAGCCGCCUCUCCUUGGGCAUAUUGAGAGAAAGCAUCGCCAACGUGAAAUCGGAUCGCUCCGAAAUCGUCAAUUAUCUCAAAAGGUUCCCCAAGGAGUUUCUUCAGAGCGCACUUAGAGGGGAGGACGGGCAGGACACGGAGCCCGAGAGCCCCUCAGAAGAUGAAUCCAACCCAAGAAUCCAGCUGGGGUGCCCUGACCCGUACUGUGACAAGAACUUCAGCCGUCCGUGCGAGCUCAAGAAACACAUGAAGAGGCAUGAAAAGCCCUAUGGAUGCACCUUCAAGAGCUGUUCGAAAAGAUUUGGAAGCAAGAACGACUGGAAGAGACACGAGAGCAGCCAGCACUUCAUGCUCGAGAAGUGGGACUGUGAUGAGCCUAAUUGCACCAAGAUUUGCCAGCGGCGGGAGAGCUUCAAGAAUCACCUGCAAAAGGACCACGACAUGAACGACGCAGAGCUGAUUGACGACAAGCUGGAGUCAUGCCGGCUCGGACGCCACUGUGACCCGCGCUUCUGGUGCGGAUUCUGCGUCCGGGUCAUCCAGAUUGACGUCAAUGAGCGAGGCGGCAAUUCGUGGACCAAGCGGUGCGAUCACAUCGACAACCACUUGUUUGGAAAAGAAGGGCUCCAGAAAAAGGUCAUGAAGGAGUGGAAACAUCAAGAGGAUCAACAGAGGGACACGGAAUUGGCGAGCGAGGGCAUGUCAACUGACGCCUCCGGGGUCUUGUCCCGCAACCCAAUCCGCGUGGGAGGGGUCGAGGCCCACGAGAGAAAGCGAAGAAGUAGCUCGGAGACAAGCUUCCGACCUCGCAAGAAAGCCAGCAGGACACAGACUUACAUGUGGAUAUGCUGCAUGUGUUUCACGACAAUGAACCUCAAAACUUCAUCUUGCUGCUUCGAGUGUCAUCACGCGAGGUGUCUGGCGAACUGCGCGAUAGAAUCUGUUUCUGCUCAAGAGAACGAUGAAAACUGGGAUGAAGAGAUGCAGGCAAUGACUUUGCCCAUGGAACUGGACACGGCGGACACGUCACGGCAACUGAAACUACAAGAGGAGGCACAGUGA